AUGGACCAUGUCUCCCAGUUAGCCCCCCGCCAGAUCUGGGCAAACCCAACGACGACUACGACGAAAUCAUACGCACCCGGUUGUACGCCAGUCGUAUUGCCAAGUGAUGGUGAGUGUUCUCCCCCCUUUUCCCCCGAAAUUCGUGCUUGGAACCCGAGUCUGAUCGCGCCUCCAGGAGUCAUCUGGUAUAACAACUCAUUUCCUAUAACGCUCAGCGAGAAUGCCGUCUUCGAGCCCGUCUGCACCGGUUCACCGACCGAUGAAGUCCACGUCACCGCCGCCCUCGACACUCGCGAUCCUUUCUACUCCUCCGUCACGCCACAGUUAUACGCCAUCGGCUGCGCGACCGUCGUUAGCUAUCUUCUCGUCAUCAUCCUUCUCAUCACCCCGCGAACAUUCUACGUUGGAGGUCCCAGUGGCGGGGCCAAUUUCCUUGGGCGUCAUGGAAUGAUCAGCGGCUCGUACAGCGGGAAUUCCUCGGUCGUUGGAGUUGGCGGACGGCCAUGGCUACAGAAAGUGGCAGCCAUCCUUGUGGCAAUCUCGUUGACGAUCGCGACGGUGGAUUCUUUCAAAGUCGCAGAACGCCAGUACAACUAUGGCUACUCCGAUGCCGAGGCGCUGACCGACGAAGUGAUUGACGGGCUAGAGAUUCGGAUUGUACGCGUGAUUUCCAGCACGUUCCUUUGGCUCGCGCAGGUUCAGACGUUGAUCAGGCUGUUUCCGCGACAUAAGGAAAAAGUGAUGAUCAAGUGGGCUGGAUUUGCAUUGAUCGUGCUGGAUACAACAUUCAGUAUAUUGGAGAAUUUUUGGGUCAGGACGUCGUCGAACCGACCCAGGUUAUACGACGACGCAAUUCCUGCUUUGAGCUACUUGUUUGAGCUGUCACUCAAUCUGCUCUAUGCUGCUUGGGUUAUAUUUUACUCGAUCUCCAAGCACCGUUUCGCUUUCUUUCAUCCCAAGAUGCGGAAUAUCUGCCUGGUUGCUCUUUUAUCGCUCUGUGCGAUUCUCAUACCGGUCGUUUUCUUUGUCAUGGAUAUAGCAAAACCGGAGAUCGCCGGUUGGGGUACUUAUAUUCGAUGGGUUGGAUCAGCCGCGGCCAGUGUGGUCGUAUGGGAGUGGGUGGAACGCAUUGAAGCUUUGGAACGAGACGAAACGAAAGACGGGAUCCUAGGACGAGAGGUCUUUGACGGGGACGAGAUGCUUGAUGUGACCCCAUCCGAAGAGAUUGACUGGCCACGCUAUCCGUCCCAAGGGAAUGACCGAGGCGGUGGGAAUGGCGCAUCUUCUGGAUGGGGCGGCAUGAUGGGCUUGGCCCAUCGUCCCCUCCGAGCACGGGCUGGGCUGCCCCGUGGGAACCGCAGAGGUGCGGGAGCAGCUCCCUUUAACCAGACGGCUGCCAACGCACCACGUGCGUCAAAUAAUCGCCCAAGUCCACCCCCGGCGGCCAUCACGCCAGUGAGUCGUGCAGAUACUACCAGUGCAGCGAGCACGGUGUACAAUGUCAGGUAUCAUCCAGUCGCCAGUCCCACACCUCCAGUGGCAAUGCCACAUAUGGAGGAAGAAGAAGACCUGGCGGAAGACAAGGAAAUGGAAGGAGAAGAUCAUACGCCAAACGCGGAUGAAAACCGCAUUUCAUCCCAAAACACCCGAGAACAAUCACCGCAGAUCAUCCAGACGGACCCGCGAUGGCACGCUCUGCUCAAUCCCUUCAAAAGACGCCGUGCGUCUCUACCCAAAGAAGUUGCAUCUGCACAGGCUGUCGAAGAACCCUCGGAACACAGACCAUCAGUUGCAACCGGCGCAGAUGGGGAGACCGAAGCCAGUGGUGGCCGCUCUCGUGGUGAUCACUUCUUCUCUCUUCGAAAAGUUCGUCCGGGCACUGGGUCACAGCAGAAUGACGGCCAGCUGCAAGUCACUGUGAUUCCGGCGCGGCGACGCGGCCAGCAUACAUGGUCCCCGCAGAACCGACUGCUGGAAAGCCAGCCACCUGGCACCGGGGAGAACCGACUAGUCGAGCAACCGCGUCCCGCAGUACCGACCAGCCGUCCUGGUCUUCCUGUCCGGGUCAUCCCCUCCCAGCCAUCGGCAUCUGCUCCGUGGACGGAGGCCGAUGUGGAGCGAGGAGGCGGGGAUUAUGUUCUACACUAUGACCCCGAGACCGCGGCUCUGGUGAAUGAGGAUGUCAAUCAUCUUUCUUCGAACGGACCUGUUAUGGACUUCGAUCAGCGAAGCUGGACAGAUACCACUGUUUCCGAGGAUAGAGAGGACAGGGAUCAAUCGAGAGAGCAGGCUGAACCACAUAACGAGUCUCGGCCGGCGCCAUCUGCAGACGCUGAAUCUCGUCAGCAUGGACAUACUGGGCAAAGGGAUUGA